UGCGCGUUCCCGUGACCCUGACGCGUUUUCCGUUUAUCAGUGUUGACUUCCGGGAACAUGGCGGACACCGGGGUGGCGGAUCGCUGUUGCCGAAGUGCAAGGAGAGUCUGUAUGUAAAGCGUGUGACAUUACAGGACACAUGUCAGCCUUGUCCCCGGCGGACACUGGACACUUCUGUAGUGCUGUUGGAGUCGGAGGUUUAGCGCUUGAACCACGGGGCGGAGCGCGCACGCGCACGCGCACACACACAUCUACACAUACACAGCUCGAGCCCCGGUGUGUGUUAGCAACAGCAACAUUAGCAUUAGCAUUCUGACAGGCCGUGUUACAGUGUCAGUGUAUCGGUGUUAUAGUGUAACUCCACACAGGAAACAUUGUCAUCUCUCCUUCCUAACGUCUCCACAACCCGCUCGUCUUUCUCUAAUCAGCACACAAACCGCUUUAUUAUGCGCUUUUUUAUUUAACCGGUUACUCUACAUAUUUAGCUACUCUACAGUUAGCCGACAGGUUGCUAACGUUCCCACUUUUCCCGUAGAAAUACUUGUAUGCGGUUUGGAAAUGACAUGAUAGUAAUUUUAGCGUCUUAAACACGCCUUUUACUUUCGGUGGUGUUGUUGUUGUUGAAUAUAAUCCUGUCCCCCAUGACUCCUGUUGUCCCGGAUGGCUUCAGGCUCCAUCUGCAGUCUUGCGCCCUGCUUUAAACUCAACAUGUAUACAGCGUUGAAAUUUAGUGUCGAAUCACCCCAUGUACCAUGCUGGCACUGCUCUCUCGCCUUGGCCCCUUAAUCUGCAGGAGAUUUUCCUUGCCUGCACAGCCUUCCUGCCUUCUGGAUCCAGGUGCUCCAGCCAGUAUGUAUGCCACGCGCCUGUACAGUGGUACAGGGGGUAAACCUGGUCGCCGCUUUGGCCUAAUAGGGGGAGGCCAAACCAUGCUGGAGAAUCAUCACCAUCCCCUUCCCCCUCAUCACCCCCACAUCCCGCCUCCCCAGAGUUUCCCUCCUCCGCUCUAUCAGGGCCGCGUGGAUGCCCACAGAGCCUACUACCCGCCCCAUCAGCACUACCACACUCCGCCACAGAUCCCUCACCUCCCCCCUCCACACUACCAGCCCCAUGCCCACAUGCACCACAGCAAAAAGAAGACCUGGAACUUCAUCCACGAGAAGAUGAGCUACGACACAUUCUUCACCAUGAAGCGUCUGAUCGACCGCUCACGGAGCGUGGACGAGGUGCUCCGCUGGGUCACUCAGAACCCGGGGAAAAUCUCGCACAACCACUACCCCAUCGCCUUACAAAAAAUUGGCCAACUCCUGGCACUCCAGCAGGCUGGACCGAUUGGAAGUGGAGGAGUUAGCCUGGGGAGCAGUGGGGUGACUGCAGAGGGAGCGUUGUCCUCACCCCCCGCUGUAAGCUCGGCUGAUGGCACGACUCGACAGAUUCUGGAUCACCCGGACUUUCAUACCCUCUGUGACGCCAUUGUUAACGACUGCUCCAAGUUUGACAACUUUAGCAUCGUCAACUGCCUUUAUGCCGUGGCUGCACUUGGGCUGCCCAGCGACUCUCGGAUAGUGCAGGUGCUGGAGGAGGAGUCGCAGAGCCGCCUGUCGCAGUUUAAUCAGAAGGACAUCUCCAUGGUGUUCAGCAGCUGCAUGAAGCUGCACCAAUCCAGCCAGCACCCGCUUAUUGAGUCGUGUCUGGCAGGCUUGGAGAAGAACAUUGAGCGUGAGCGUCACCCACAGACACUCUUCCUGCUGCUCUCUUACUACCGCACUAAGUGGCGCGUGCUGCAGGCAGCCGACACCACCUCGGCAGAACAACUCGUGGUCGACCGCAAGAUUCUGCGCUUGGUCAAACACACGCUGGCCAGUGUCAGCUGCGUACGUGACCACGAGAUGACCUUACUGGACGAGAUGCUUGCGGCGUGCGCCCGAGAAGCCAGCAACAAGAGCCUCGAGCUCAUUUUCAGCUCUCACCUCUUCUACCAGAACCGGCAGGAGAAGUUCGUCAGCAGCCUAGCGGAGGAGCUGCCUAAAAAGGUCGACAGCAUCACCCCUUACACCAUGGCUCUUAUCGCCAAAUAUAUCGCACGCCAUCGCCUCAGAGAAACACAACUCCUAGACACCAUUGCAGAGUUCCUGGUCAAAAAGUGCGAGUACUUGGACAGCAAGGUGAUCCAGAAGCUCGUGUUCCCUUUCAGCCGCAUGAGUUAUCGGCCAGCUAACGAGACUCAGUUCUUCUCUAAGCUGGAAAUGGUGCUGGAGCUGAAGGCUCUGAGCUCACCACUGGCUACAGUCAACAUCCUCAUGUCCCUCUUCCAGCUCGGACACUUUCCCAGCCUGGUGCUGCACCGGGUCUUCUCACCCUCCUUCAUCAGCAACGUCACCAACAGUCCGUAUGCUCUGAUUGUACGCCGCUAUUUGUCCCUGCUGGACGCUGCGGUGGAACUCGAGCACAGAGAGUACACAGGGCCUCGUCUGCAGGACUCACACAAAGUGCUCAUGUUUGAUCACGCGCUCACUGCUGACGAGGUCAACCGCAAGUACAGCUACAAAGGUCUUGUUGCUGAGGCACUCAGGCAGUUGGUUGGAGAGCAUGGUUACAAGCAAGAUGAGGUUCUACCUCCAGGAUAUUACACAGAUUUUUUGCUGUGGAUAGACCAUGCGGGCCAUGUUCUUCCCAUCAGAGCAGGCUCUGCAGCAGUCUCUUUAACAGCAGACUCUUCAAUGUGCGUGGUCGUGAACCCCAAAUCACCGGACGGUUCCACCUCUGUUGCUGCUCUCACCUCAGACUUCCAGAAGUUUUCACCGUUCUCUCCGCCGCUAGAGGAGGGCGUCGACAAACCGCCCGAAAACGAUUCCGCUUUCCUGCCGCCCCACAUGCAGCGAGCAGGCACCAACGGAGCAGUGCAACUGGACUACAAUACCUAUUACCCAGCUUCAGAUUACUACACCAGCUUGGCUAAGGAGCACUCUUUGGAGAGCCAGGACAGCUCAACACUGAGCAGUCCUUCAGAAUGUCUGGCUCAAGCUGGGCCAGCUGUACCCGGGGCCAAUGUGCCACAGGACUCUCUCUUCCAGUUUUCUAUCGGAAAGAUACUGGAGGAUGAGACCGGUGCAUCCAUCCAAGUAGGGUCCAAUUCAGGACCAGACUGCAGUAUCACACCUUUCUAUGAAGGUAUAACCUAUGACGCAGGAGACAGCAAUACAGUUACUGCUCCAAUCCAGCUGCACUCAGCAAAAGCCUCUGAGAUGGAGAGGACAUCUGGGGAACCCAUUAAAAGGGUUAUAAUGUCUGUAAAUGAUAAAUGGCACUACUGCCACAACUCCGACGUGCUCGUGGGUUCCCGGGCUAUGAGAGACCGCCACCUGCAGCUCCUGGGCUAUGUUAUACUACAGUUGCCAUAUCUGGAGUUGGAGAAGCUGAACGGAAUUGAGGAAGUGAAGCAGUACCUGCACAAAAAGCUCCUGGAGGUCCGUUUAUGACGGUGGAAAAGCAGAAGAGUGUGUAUGUGACUGCGAGCGUGUGCGUGCACGUGUGUGUGUGUGUGUGUGUGUGUGUGUGUGUGAGAGAGAGAGAGAGAGAGAGAGAGCAUGUCUGCAAGCAUGUGCAACGUUCUGUUUAAACAAACAAUGGUGUUUUGUGGGAAAAGGUGUGUGUGUGUGUGUGUGUGUGUGUGUGUGUGUGUGUGUGUGUGUGUGUGUGUGUGUGUGUGUGUGUGUGUGUGUGUGUGCAGGAUGUGAACAAUCCUGUCUUUUAGGACAACUUGUGGUGAUACCAAGCCAGUGGGUGGGUGUAUUUAGUUCCUGACUUAGGGAAGGGUUGUUGGUACCUCUCUGGGCAAAAUGUAAAAACAGUGUUUUCUGGAAACAACUGUGACACCCAUAAACUUCCUCCGACCUCCCAGAACACCCACAACCUGCACAACACAAUCACAGAGCCAGAGCUUGCUGUUUUUUUUUUUUUUUCUGGUGCAAAGGCAGUGCUGCUUGUAAAACAAAUGACUUGGGAUAAAAUCCGAUUCAACGCCAAGUGUGAAUACAGUGAGUCAGCAUCACAUUUUGAGGCAUUAGUUUUACACUGGAGCUACAAAACUAACUAAAAAAUAAUGACUGCUUAUCGUCACACAAACUUGAUCUCAAACAUGUGUAGGAUUUUGCGUAUAGUGGGGUCCAAAAGUCUAAAAGCACUAGUGUGCCAAAAGGGAACACUAAUGAAAAUCAUCCUAUUUUGCAUUCAUUUAUAGUUUAACACAACAAUUUUCAUUAGGAAUUAUAUAACCAAGAACAGCUUGAGUGAAAAGUCAUAUCUUUUGAAGAGUACCUGAGUUUCUCAGUAUUUCAUUUGUUUCUCUCUCCCUCUCUCUCCCUCUCUCUCUCUCUGUCUGUCCCUCUCUCUCUCUCUCUGUCUGUCUGUCUCUCUCUGUCUGUAUGUCUCUGUCUCUCUGUCUGUCUCUCUCUGUCUCUCUCUCUGUCUGUCUCUGUCUGUCUGUCUCUCUCUCUCUGUCUCUCUGUCUCUGUCUGUCUCUCUCUCUGUCUCUCUCUCUCUCUCUCUCUCUCUCUCUCUCUCUCUCUCUCUAUCUAUCUAUCUUUCUGUCUAUCUCUCUCUAUCUACCCCCACCCCCUUUUUUUUGGACUCACACUUGUGCAAAACCUUGUGGUCCAUUUUAGAUCACAAAGUGUGAACACAGUAAACGUCUGAACACAUGAUUCAAUAUUAGAGAUUAGGCCUCCUGUACAAAGCAGUUAACAUGGUCACAAAUGUUCACAAAUCACAAAUUUGCUUACUUUUAAAUAAGUAAAGUGCAAUAAAUUCAAAACAUGAAACAUUUAUUUACUUUGAUUUAAAUAUUUAAAUAUAUUUAAUAUGUUCAAACAAAAAAAGUCCCUGAUUUUCAGUGUGGUAUCUGACUUCGAGACCUCGCUACAGCCGGAAUUGAAAUCAUUUCUGAAAGCAGAAUUCAGAUUAAAAAAUGUUAAGUAAGUAAGCUGGUUGGUAUAUGAAUUAGAUUAUUUUACAGUACAAUCUGGGGCCAGAUUCUUUGUACAUAACAUAAGAGAUCAAAUCUCUUUAAUAAUGAUGGUUUUAAACACACCUCAGAGCUAUAUUAAGCUGUACAUAUAUUAAGCUAUACACCGAAGCUGUCCGAGAUGACUUUGUGCUCCUAGACAUCAGUUUCAAACAGAGCUACAAAUAAUUCAGUUAUGAUGUAAAUGUUGGACGGAAGAUCGGAACACAUGAGCAGAAAGUCGGUGUUGAGAAUGAGGAGGUAGAAAACAAAAAAUACAGUUAAGAGAUGUGUAAUACUUCAUGUCAGGAAAUUACAAUAGUCAUGCACAAAUGUAGUUGCUAUAUUUGUUGUCGGUUUGUUAUUUUCAGUUACUCGAAUGGCUCCUUUUUGCUCUCGUCUAAGUCUCAUCCGAGGCAGCAUGCCAGUGUACAAGAACAGGAUGACAACGGCAAUAUUUCACCGUGAUAACACUCAGCCAUAUAGGUAGAGAAACACAUACCAGCUAAAAUAAAAUGUUUCAAAUUCAAUCCAUUGUUUCACCUGCAACUUGGUAUUUUCUUUUCCCUGCCCAGGCUCAGCUGAUAUUCACAAAAGUUACAAUAUAUGUAUAUGUACAUGUGUUUAACAUUAUAAUCCUGGUUGUGUAGAAUACGCCUGCUCUGGAGCAGGUUUGAGCCAGACAACCUUGUUGUCCUAACGAAAUCCCGGCUCAUAAUCCAAUCCAGCUAAUUCACUAAUCCGUGUCCUCAAAUCUCAAGACAGCAGUAAUACCUCAGAUUUGGUGUUCACUAUGUUAGCCUCCUAGCUCUGGCGUAAAACUAAAACAUGCGAACAUCCAGAUAAAUCGAUGUAACGGGUAAAAGUUGAGUAAAUUAGAUUUUCCACACAUACAGAAAUCAGAAAUUGGACAGCGAUUUGUUUAUAAAAGUGUGUCUAUAAUGCGUCAUAACCGCAGGUUAGAAUCAGUGAUGCUGAAAUGCAGGCAGAAGAAAGUGGCUUAAUAAUUUAAGAAAUACAAGGAACAUUAUUGUGAUAUACUGGCAUAUGUAUUAAGCACAGCUGUGGUUCUUGGCGGAUAAAUGGUGAAAUCUGGCUGUAUUCUAACCUUUAUGUCCCACAGACAUAAUUCAGUGUAAUUCUGAGCUCCGCUAACCCUAACGGUACAUUAGGACUUAACCCCCUUACUCCUGAAGGAAGCUGCUUUAUGUCCAGGUUAUGCAUGUUAACGGAGGACACAGCCUCUUGCUUCUGUGAUUGAAGAUUGGUUUUAUAUCUUGUCCAGAUUGAGUGUCUUUGGUCUUUGUCGGUACUUUUCUUUGGUAUUUUAUUUUUUAUUUUAUUUUUUGUUAACAAGGUUUAGGCACGCUAUUACUCGUUUAUUAUAUUGUUCCACUGCUAAAAUCUCUGCUAGUGUUUUUAUCUCCAUUGUCGAUUAUCUGUCUCACAUUAGUGUUUUAAACCAUCUAAGAGAGCCGUUCAGGACCCAGAGGACUUUUACAGAAGAAGGACAUCCAGGUAUAGAGCGUAAAAUCAAGUAGAGAUGUUUAUGAAUUUCAGAUGUAGCCAUCAAAAGAGAGUCUGCUCAAUUCACCAUAUCUGACUGACCGUGCAUGUGUGACGUCAUGAAACCAAGGAGCACAGUGUGUUGUGAAUCUGUGAAUUAUGGACACAAGGAACAGGCUUCCAGUAAGAUCAUGAUGAAUGUAUAAACGAGACGGAUUAUAUCAAUAGAUUUUAUUUUCUCAGAACAAAUGAUCUAUUUUGACGUUUAAAGGAACGCAAUGCAACGCAAAGCAACGCAUGCAGUGGACUGCCGGAUUCAUAAGACGAUUAAAGGACAUGUCCCUUUGUGUCGGUUCACUCGUUAGUGAUCUUUCACCUCCAGUAUCACACACAAACUUUUAGGUUGAUCUGUAAACACAUAAUGAGGGGUAUGACGUACGUUUCUGUCGGACAUUGUUAUGCUUUAGUGUGUGUUUUGGUCAAAUCAAUUAAACUAAAGAAACAUUUAGAUGGCAGUAAUACAGAAGACUUGUUUCGUGUAAUCUAGUUCUCAUCGUGACACCGUCGCUGUGUGCGUUGGCUUUGCUCUGUUUGGUUUUUUUUUGUUUUUGUUUUUGGAAGAGAGAUUAUUUAUUAUGGCAAGUGUUCCUCUGAAUGUAAGAAGACUGAGUGGAUGUCUGUGUUGGGUAUUAGGUGGGGAAACUGGAAAUCUUUGUUUAUAAAUACAUAUUAAAAUGUCUAUAUAAAAUGAUUAUUAAAAAAAAGUAAAAAGCA